AUGGUCCGACAAGCGGUUUUGGACGUGGACGACGAGGAGCAACACAAGGCGAUCAGAAGGCUUUUCUUAACAGCUCUUAUUCGUGGCAGUGUUCCAGCACGUAUCGAUAAAAACGAUACCGCUAUGAACCCAACUGCCCUGAAGAAAUGGAUCCACUCCCGAUGGAACAAUGUCUGGGGCCUCCGUGACCUUACCGAGGAGCUGUUGGAUGGCUUUGACAUCUUAUUAAAAACAGCUAUCCACAUUGAUAGGAUCCCUUAUUCGGUCAGCCUGAUGGGACCUGUACGGACUCCGCUCGUCCGAGUGCUUUUCGGAGAAGAGGGCAUGAUAAAAAAUCGCAUGAUCCCGCUCUCCCCACUUGAACGGUUUGCCAGUGGUCUCGUCUCAAUCCAGUUCGAUCAAUGGAACUACGAAAUUCGCCACUGCAUCAAGGCCAUCAACGAGCUGAAAGUACAUACCAGCAAAGCACAGCAGAACAUCUCAAGUGGGGAAGAAGUGUCUGGGCCCUUGCUGCACAAGUACAUCAACGGCAUGCGCUCCAUGCAGAAACACCUUGCUAUCUUCAUCAGCGAUGGCAAAUAUGGGAGUUUGCGUCUCGCAAUAGAUAAAACACUUAACGACGCACAAGAGGCAUUGGAACACGACAUUCGUGCAGCAUGCUUCGAGACACCCACCGUCGCUUUAUGGUUAGCUGAAGCCGUCCGGUCUCUCCCGAGUCCCUCCGAGGCCCAGGCCAUAAGGGACCACAUGGACAGCUUGGUCAGCGAUGAGAUCCACGUCGAACACAUCGGUGCUAUGCUCUCCGAGGAAGAGCUCGUGGACUGGCAGUCGGGGUGCGAGCAAUAUGAAGAAUGCACAAUCGAGCAGCAUACAUAG